AUGAGCCAACCACAAUAUACCCAUGAAGAUUACACUAUUGGUUGGGUCUGCGCAUUACCGAAUGAGCAAGCAGCCGCAUUAUUCAUGCUGGACGAGAGGCAUGAAGACCUCGUCAACCCUUCAAACGAUCAGAAUGCAUAUACCCUCGGAAGCAUCGGGAAGCACAAAGUUGUUAUCGCUGGCCUACCUAAGGGAAGGUGUGGCAAUAACAGCUCAGCAACAGUCGCAACCCGAAUGAUAUCUACUUUCCCAAACAUUAGAGUCGGCCUAAUGGUUGGAAUUGGUGGAGGUAUUCCAGAGAAGGCUCGGCUCGGCGAUGUGGUCAUUAGCUGCCCAAGUGGCACAGAGCCGGGUGUCGUCCAGUGGGAUAUGGGUAAAGCAGAACAAGCCUUGGGAAAGUUUGAAGCCGAUCAAAUUACAUCGAGGGCGAAGAUGCUUGGCUAUCUGAAUGGUUUAAAGAGUAUGCCCACCGUCCCAAGAAGUUUUUUGAAGUCAGAUUCUCUCAAAGACGUCUUGUUCGACUCCACAUAUGCCCAUGUGGAAGGAGAAGACUGCAGUCGAUGCGAUGAGAAGAUGUUGGUCCAGAGAAAGACAAGAGAAGAUGACAUGGUGAUCCAUUGUGGUCUCAUUGCAUCAGGCAACCAAGUGAUCAAGGAUGCAGUUCUUCGAGAUAAACUGUAUCAGAUGUUUGACAAGAAUGUCUUGUGUGUUGAGAUGGAAGCUGCGGGCUUGAUGAAUGACUUUCCUUGCAUUGUUAUUCGAGGGAUCUGUGACUACGCCGACUCCCACAAGGAUGAUAAGUGGCAAGAUCAUGCCGCAGCCGUUGCAGCAGCAUGUGCAAAGGCAUUCCUAGCGGUAGUCCCAGCGAGUGAGGUGGAUAAACUUCAGCGAGUCCAAGUGUCAAUUACCCCGAGUGUUCUUCAAGGCGCAAGGUCUUUGGUCGCAGGAUGGUGGGGAGACAAGCAAAAUACCCUCUCUAUACCAGCUGCAAGUUCGCCUACUAGUGAGCCUGAAGAUACUAAGAAAGACGAGAUCCAGAAGACUCCAGCACUUGGAACGGUUCCAUCAACAGAUUCAAGCGUUUCGUCAACGGAUACAGGUGUUUCGUCAACGGAUACAAAUGCGGACUCCAUAUCUACAGAGCCUAGCUCUGGUUCGAAGUCAAGAGAAGCCAGCCCGGACAGGAGUGUACCUACGCAAACACAUCUAGAAUCAUUGCUCCAAGAAGCUCCGGCACUACUAACAAAGAUGGUCCAAGGAGGACAAGUUGAAAGCGCGCUAGAUGCCUUAAUUGAGAGUCUGAACAAUCUCAGAACCUCUCAAAGAGGCAUAAGCACGCCGCAAAAUGUUGUACCGCCGAAUGUUGUGCCACCAAAGGCUGUGUCGCAAGGCCCUGACUGGAACAUUUAUCCACAAACGCCGCCUAUGUCGCCACAAAACACCACUUGGACUGUCAGUGCAAAUAACGGUUACGUUCAAGAUACUCACAGGCCUGGUUCAAGAAAUAGCACUUAUAUUGCAGCACAACCACCACGAAGCCAAUCGUGGACUCCUAGCGGAGACAACGGUUAUGUGCAAGAUCCUCGCGGCUACGGCUCAAGAAGAGGCAGCUACGUCACAGCACAGCCUUGGCCUACAUACGACUACGGAAAUGUGUCUCCCUCCAUCUAUCAUUCCCAAGCCGAUUUUGGUAAUCCAAGUUUCAUCAGGAGCCAGACAUACCCCAGUGACCCCCGCUUCAACCAACCUUCAGCCUACCAAACAACACCAUAUCCAGACUAUGGACGCAACAUAUACGAUGUUGAUCGUAGGGUAUUACAACCGAAUUACUACCCAAAGGCACCAUCGUGGCCUCCAAAUUCUCAAAACAAUUCGGUACGAGAUGGUUAUUACGAGGGUACCCGCCAACAGGAAUACAACGCUCGAAUGAACGUACCAGGAUAUGCCUCAGAUGUUAGGGCCAACAGUCCUCAAUUUACAGAACCUCAGAGACAGACGAGGUACUCAGAGUUACCUACGAAUAAUGAUAUAACCCAGCAAUGGGACAGUGCCAAUCUCAAUGCAGGUCAAGGGUAUCCUACUAUGAACCGUCCAGGUAUAAGCCCAAGCCGACAGAACGAGAUUCUUAGUGGAGGAUUAUUCUCGCAGAUUCAAAAAGGGGAUGCCGCCGCUGUGAGAAGACUUUUGGAGCAAGGCGCUGACAUUGAGAAGACUAAUGGCGAAGGGCUUACUCCGCUCUGGUGUGCAGUACAACUUGGGAAAUGCGACGUGAUCCAAGUACUUCUUGAUAAGAAAGCGGAUACUGAGUCGCUUAAUAUUCGCGGUCAAAAUGUUUUGGAGUGGGCUGUGGAAAAUAAGCAGCAGGAAAUCAUCUACAUGCUACUGCCAUGA